AUUUUGUUUAUUAUAUUUUUUUUUUCACUGGAACUUUAACAAAAUUGUAAAAUUCUUCAAAUUGAACGCGAUUUCAAAGCAAGCGCGAUAUCAUGGCCAGUUCAAAUGUUUCCGAUUGGGAUGAGGCGCUGCCCACAUCAUCCACUGAAGAGGCGGAAGAGGAAGAUCCCGACUUUUGUAGCCCUGAGAAUCGCAAGAAACGGCAAGAGGAGAAUGUAUCCAAGCUUCAGUCGUAUGUACGACGGAUGGCUUAUCAGCCUGCGCUGCCGCCCAAAGCUAGAGCCUAUGAUGUUGCACUGUCGAAGCCCAAGAGAGUUACGCUGGAGGCCAACUAUGAACAGUUUAAGGAUUACUACGAUCCCAAGCUGCGGGCCAAGCGCAUUAAACGCAUGUUGGGCAAAUACAAUGCCAUCACCACGGAGCAGCUCGAGGAUGUGCUUAAGAAUACUAAGAAAAAGGAACGUCGUAAGGAGGAUUUUCUGAAGCGUAAACAGGAGCUAUACUACAAUAUGCUCUCCAAGAUGGAGCGUCAAUGUCGUACCCAGUAUCUCAAUGUGCUGAUAAAGAAGUUUGCUAAGUUUAUCGCUCAUCUGGCGACCACAAUGCGGAUUCCGCCGCAACUGGUUGAUCCCUAUGCGAGGAUGCAGCGCGGCAUCUUCUGUAAUAUUCUGCUGGCCAUCGGAGUGCAGCCCACGUCUCAAUCGGCAAUCUAUUAUACCAGCCAGGAUGCCAUCGAAUAUGAUGUAUGCCAUCGCUUGGCCCAUGCACUGCUCAGUUUGAUCAUUAAAGCGCUGGACACUGCCGCUACCCGUGAGCCCAACGAUGUGACCAAGGCGCCGGCGGACAUGGACUUUAAAAUGGAUAACUACAUUAAGGAGCGCCUCAUGUGCGCCGCCAAAAAGAAGAUUCGAAAUGAGCAGCGCCGCAAGCGACUGUCCACAUUUAAUUAUGAUGCUUUCCAAAAGUGUUCCCGACUUGACUGCGAGUAACCAGCAAACAACUCUUGGAACUCUCUUGAGGGGGGAAUACUCGAAAACUCGUAUCGUGCAAAUUGAAUUCUCUUUGUGUUCAGUUUUUUUUAGUUAAACGUUUUUAGUCCAUUAUGUUUGUGAAUUUCCCCGGUUUCAAUAUACUCGUGAAUCAAGAAA